AAAUUUCUUUCGGAUAUAAUUAAAUUUUUAUUAUUCUUAUUGUUAUUUUAUUAUUAUUAUUUUAUUGUCUGUAAGUGUAAAGUGUACUGUUAGCAAUUGCUAAAUGGAGGAAAAAACAAAAUUGUUUAGAGUAGUUGAGUUUAUCAACUACUCUACGAAGGAAAAAAGAAGUGCCGACAUCGUUUGCACAACCCACAUUAGGUCGGAUCCAGAUCGGGGUUUGGUGGCGAAAUUCAUGGAUGGACCAUCAUAUAGUCAAGAAGAUUCCAGGCUAAUUCGUGACAUAGUCAAAAAUAAGAUGACUGCACCAGAAAGUUGGCCUGAGUUCGAAAUCAAAAUUCUCGCGAAGACAGAAACUUAUAAAGAAGCUCUAAAGGAGCUUAAUAAUUUAGACAAAAAGGAAUUUGUAUGCACGACUGACUCAGAAGAAAUGCUUGUGGAAAAUACAAUCCAAGCAACAAACGAUGAACCAAAUCAUGAUAAUGAUAUUAACGAUUUAUUUCAAGUACCAGGAUUAAAUUUGGAUGACAUUAAUAAGUCCUCGGACACAAAUGCACACAUUAAUGCAUCUGGAUCAGCUACUAUUGAUAAUAGUAGGAAUCAUAAGCGAAAGCAAAUAGCAGCCGACGAUUUAUCCUUUCACGAAGCAAAAAAAAAGUAUAAGGCUGCUGUUAACCUUGAGGAGAAAGUUGACAUGCUGUUUGAACGUUUGCUUGAAUUGAGGGAGGAUUUACAUUAUUUGAAAAAUGAUAUCAAAGAUAUCAAAAAAAAUAAUGUUCAAACUGCUCUUUGCCAAGAAACAAUGGCGGAAAAUUUAGCCGAAUUUGGUGUAAAUCUCCCAUUGACAAAAAUGAAGCAUUUCGACAAAUUAGAGUCCCUUCUACCUGAUAAUGUACAGUUGCAACACUCUCUAAAAUCGGCCCUGCUAUUCAGCGUACAUUUAACAGGAGAUUUGAAAAAAAUGGUCCGGCAAAUUCUAUCAGCUUUGCUUAGUCGCAGGGUGGCGAUGAAAUUCACCGCUAUGAAACCAAAGCCGAAUAAAAGAGUACUUCAGGGAACGAAUUGCUACAAGAUCAUUGAAGGCCUCAUUCCUUUCAAAUCAACGGCAGGAAAAGAAAAGUAUUCAAAGCCAGAAAUAUUGAAUGCGGUGGGAUACGUACUGACCCGUUCCUACGAUUGGGGCAACGGCAGGAACGAGAGGAGAAAAAAAAAGGAAAAUGCUGCCCCUGAGGAAUGACAACAUUAUUCUUUUUUUUUGUUUGCGUAUUUUUAUUAAUCAUUUUUAUUCUUAUUAAGUAAUUAAAUUUUUUUAUUAC